AUGUCCUUGUUGGCGGAUAUGGCUAAAGGAGCUGGAAUAUCAUGUUUUCAAGAAAUCAAAAGUGUUUUGUGCAGUGAAUGUGGGAUUGUGAUUGAGCCUGAUAUUGCUGAGGUGUCUAAUAUCUGUGAAGACUGCUUUUAUAUUGUAUAUGCUGGCUUUAUGUCUCAAAAAUGUGUGGUUUUCCAUUGUUAUGAAUGUAAGAAAUACGUAGCCUCCAUGGCCUUUGGCACAGCUCGAUGGUUAACAAUGUCGAAGCUGCGCAAAUCACUUGGAUUUGUGUACAAGCAGUUUCUGAAAAGAUUACCGGUUUGGAACAAAGUCAAGCUUGUACAGUGUGAAUUCAUUGAAACUGAACCUGACUCCAAAGUAAUUAAUGUUAAGUUUACUGUUUAUAAGGAGGUUCUCGGUACAAUUCUUGAGAAGUCCUGCACUACGAAGUUUUGGGUUAUUAAAAUGUUGUGUCAAUAUUGCCCUGAGGUAAAGGUGUUUGAAUCUCGCCCCGAGGAAAAGGUGUUUGAAUCUCGCCCUGAAGAACAGUUUGAAUCUCGCCCUGAGGAAAAGGUGUUUGAAUCUCAGCCUGAGGAAAAGGUUUCUGAAUCUUGCCCUGAGCUGAGGCAGAGUGUCUCUCACAGAAGAACCUUUUUCCACUUGGAGCAGCUCAUUCUCAAGGAUAAUGCUGCUGCUGAUUGUGUUAGAAUCAAGCAGGUGGAUCAGGGUCUAGACUUCAUCUUUCCUAGCCAAGGUUAUGCCUUCAAGUUUGUGGAGUUUUUGGCCUCACAUGUUCCAAUUAAGUAUGAUCUCAGUCUACAUGGGAACAACUGUGCUCUCCCUGUCACCAUUUGUCCAAUUUGUCCUGAUGAUCUCAUCUAUCUUCCGCAUGAGGUUGCUGCUGGUCUGGGUAAUUUCGGGCCACUUGUCAUAUGCAUCAAAGUUACCAAUUCCAUUGUCUUAAUGAACCCUUUUACUUUGGAUCACCGCAUUUUGGAUGGUGCUCGGUACUGGGAGACACCUUUCGAGUCUCUGCUUACUUGUGAUCAGCUCACGAUCUGUGUGACGGUAGACAUAGGCAAGGGUUUUGGUAAAGAAGUUACUGUUUGUGGCAAACAGUAUGAACUAGGAAAAGCAAUUGUUGCUCGAUUAAGAGAUUAUUGGACAAAUAAUCGGCAUUUCUAUGUGUGGUCACAUCUAGGUGGUGUCUUAGACGAAGCUGAUGCUGCCCUUGGUCAUGAUUUGGCUCUUGCCAAGGGGAAGUUUAAGCUUGACAAAAGCCUUCCUGAAUUGAUAUUGGUAAAAAGGUGUUUUGUUGAAGAGCUGAACCAUAAACGAGGGGAGCCUCGCCCGUGGGUUUUGAAACGCCUCGACAUUGAAGUUGAUGACAAAAAGGAGAUGAAGACCAAGUAUGAGAAAUCCCUGGAGGAACCUGACUAUGAAAAGGCAGUAACGAGUGACUACCAGAAAUCCCUGGAGGAACCUCUCUGUGAUGAUGAAGAGGUGAUAAUGAGUGACUACCAGAUGAUGACCGAGUAUGAGAGAUUCCUGUGUGAAGUGGAGACGAACCCUGACAUUUGGCCUUUCUAUAAUUUCUAUAAGAAUAAGGAGUACGAUCCUUCCAAGGUGGGACCUGGUUUGGAUUUUGGGGGGACAUGGCCUGGAUAUUCGGACGGGCCGCCUUCUUUUCCAGAGGAGCAGUUGCUUGACGAGGCUGUCCAAGUUUGA